GCUGUUCCCUAGAUAAGAAGAGCUGGAGCAGCAGCAGCAGCAGCCUUCAUAACCGAAGAGCCAGGCCCAGCUUCCGCGAGCAAGUAGACCCUUCCACCUCUCCCGCUUCGUCCAGCACCUGCACUGAUUGCGCUAGAGAAGCACUGCUCGUGCCUCCCCUCUUUGGAUGAUGUCAACCGAGCAAAUGCAGCCCCUGAAGCUCUCAGAAGACAGACUGGACACGCUGGACCCUCGCUGCAGCCAUUUAGCAGAUGAUCUUUCAGACCAGUUUAUUAAAGACUGUGAUCUCAAAAAGAAGCCGAGGAAGGGGAAAAAUGCCCAAGUCACCCUGAAUGCAGACUCCGACCAAAAAAAACCAAGAAGAAAAGAUACGCCGGCCCUGCACAUCCCUCCUUUUAUACCAGGCAUGCUUUCAGAGCACUUACUAAAAAGAUAUGAUGUCCAAGGGAGACAUCCAAAGAACAAGAUGAGUCCAGCCCUUCAUAACACGGACCUGGAACAGAAAAAGCCCAGGAGAAAAGACACACCUGCUCUGCACAUGCCCCCCUUUACAGCAGGUGUGAGACUGCUCAGGGACGAGAGACCCAACGUGAUCAUGGAAGAUGAUGAAAAGGACAGUGACAAGAUAACUAUUUAAAGAUUUCCCUGGAGGUCACUUGUAAAUAGGUUACAUCGGUUCCCUAUGGUGACCUAGAAAGAAAAAAGAAAAAAAAUAGACCUGUGUCUGCCCUCAUUUUGUCAGCGUCGGCCUUUAAAUCCAGACACCGUUCCCCCAUGAGACGCCCUGGGUCUGGUCGCCAGUUGCCUUUCUCCUGUCUUCUUCCUUGUCUCUGGCUUCUCUUCGGUACCAUUCCCACACCGGUGGAUCUUCAAUGCAGCAGAAAGGAGUGGAUCAUCCUAAAUGAGGAGGUGACGGAGCUAGAUCAGGUGUUCAGAGUCCGUGUCCUCUGAACAAGAACCCAAAUAAGACGGGGUUCUCUGUUUGGUAGCUCCCACAGCAGCUGGACAAGAGCUGGUUUCACAGUACCCCAACACCAGCCACGUGGGAUCUCCUGAUGACAGUUAGGAACAGCCCAAAUCAAUGAUGUCAUUAGAGAACCAGGUCUCAUAUUUCCUUUCCUUUCUUUCCAGCAACACUUCCAGGGUCUCUGGUGACAUUCCUGAUUCCGUCUCAUAGAUACUCUGUCAGGUAUCUCUUACAUAGGUGGAGUUCACAACCCAUCCAACCACGCCUUCAAUAGAAAACCAGAAGCAGAGAGUAUUGGUGUGUCUGAUGAGCUUAGCAAUACGCCUUAAUAUGUACUUUCAAUUUUUAAGGGCAAAAGUGCUUAACCAGGUGGUGCCAACCAUUGUGAAUCAUGACAGGAAUGAUCCAGGGAUAGUAACUGGUCAAAUAAACGUUUGCAAUUGAUUUACUUUUUGAAGAAUCAAGUCAGGACAAUUGAAGGCCUUUUUUUUUAAAAAAAAGCACAUUUUGAAUCUUAAUAUACUUUAGCAAGGGCAGGGAGUAAACACCUGGCUUUAGCUAGUAAGCAGAGGUGUGUACAUAAUCCCUGUCUCAGACGGCAGUCUGUGAGUGCCGCCCAUGGGUUUCCUCCAUCAGCUGACAGACAUGGAGUGAAAUUGUUAACAGGAAGAAGGGUAGCUAUUCAAACAGAUCGCUCCUGAAAAUGAUCAUCUGGAAGCUACCACGCAUAUACCCCAGCUCCAACUGCGUGCUAAUCCCUCCUUCCUGCCCACCUGCCUCACCAAGUUAGGAUGAAACAAAACUCAGCUGGCAGUAAAGAUGCUUCUAUACAAAUCGCCAUGUUGUGGUGCAUUCCCCCAAGUAU